AUGAUAAAUAUUUUGGUAAUAUUAAUAAUAACAAUUACUCAAGUGAAAAAGAAAAUUUUUCUUUGUUCAUGUUUUACAUAUAUAUGGAUAUUAUUAACUGUCCUGUGUAAUAUAUUAAUUGUUUCUUAUAUGUACCAUGAGAAAAAUAAGAAGAAGACGAAGAAAGAAAAAAACAUAGAGAAAGAAGAGAAAAAAUAUAAAAAUAAAAAUAUAUAUACUAUUUUACAUCCCUUUAUUAAAAUAGGAAAAUAUUAUGAAAAUGAAAAAGAAACUAUUAUGUUCGAUAAAAAUAAGAGAAAUUUUUUUAGUUUAUAUCAAAAUAAUAAAAUUAGUAUAGUCAAAUUAUUUGGUUAUAUAUAUAUUAACAAUAUUAUUCCUUAUUUGUUUGUUCCAUUUUUUUCAACCAUUUUGAUACACAAUUAUGAUAUUUUGGAAUAUGAUGUUUCCAAAUUAUCAGUUGUUUUUAUAAACAUAUUUUCGCUUUCCAGUGUGUUGCUAAGAUAUAUUAAGAUUCAUUUUUUAAGAUAUAUAAUAUGUAUGUUAUUUUUUUUCCUCUUUGCAAUAAAUUUGUUUCAUAUCAGUGAAAAAGUAGUUCAUAUUUUUUUCCUGUCUUUUGUAUUGAACUUUGCCUUUUACCAUAUAUUAUUUAUAUCUGUUUUUCAAUUCACAAACAAGGUAUUUUCCUUCUUGGAAGGAUUGACGGUGUGCAUUAUUUGCUCCGUCUUAUUGAACUGUUCAUUUUAUUGCCUUUAUUUUAGGAACUUACAUAAACAAAUAAUACCGCACGUGUUGAUGAUAUUUAUCAGUAAACUGUUUUUGAGCUUGUUCAUUUAUGGGGGAAUAUGCUGCUUCUGUUGUUUGUCGAACGAUAUAGAAAAAAAGGAAAAAAAAGAAAAAAAAUAUAUAUAUAUAAUUUUUAUAUCGUCCAUAUUAUUUUUUUUGUAUAACUUAUAUAAUUUAUUUUCCUAUCAAUAUGACUCAAUAAACAAAGAUGCCAUAAAUACCUUGUACGUACUCAUAAAUAUAUUAAUAUCUAAGAAGAAUUAUCUUUUAAUUUUUGCUUGGAUUAUUAUAACUAUAAGCUAUUUAAUAUAUAUUAACAGUCUAAUAAAAAAAAAAAAAAAACUUCCCUAUGUUAGGAAGCACUAUCACUUUCUUUUAUUUACUAAUGUAUAUUUAGCAUUUAUAACAAACAAGGUUGACGUUCUAAUCAUAUUUCUCUCCUUUUGUUUUUUUCUUUUCAUUUUUGUUGAGCUGAUAAGAAAAAUAUGUGAACAUUUUCUUCCAUCAUGUAAAGUCAUAAAAAGGUUUAUAUCCAGAUUUAUAGAUGAGCGCGAUAAUAAAGGGUUGGUUGUUACUCAUAUUUAUCUUUUAACGGGAGUAUAUAUACCCAUUUUAAUAGAUAUAAUAUUUAAUAAGAGUAAUUAUAUAAACAGAAAAAAUCAAAGCAUUUACAAUUUUAGUAAAGCUAAUUUUACGUUGUAUACCUCGGCAUUGAACACAAUAUGUAUAGGAGAUUCGAUGGCUGCGAUUGGUGGUAUGCUAUAUCCAUGGCCUAAAAUAAAAAACACAAAUAAUAAAUCCUGUGCAGGUUCCUUAUUUUUUUUUAUUAGUACAUUUAUUUCAUUACUUGUUUUUAAUUAUCCAUUUGAACCGAACUUUUUAGUACACAUAAAUAUAUUUUUUAUAAUAUCUAUAUUUGGGGCCCUCUUCGAAGCCUAUAUUCACGAUAUCGAUAAUUUAGUGCUUCCCAUAUUUACCUUUUGUAUUUAUCUAAGUCUUGAGAAAUAA